CUGUCAUGGAAAUAAAAUUGUCGUCUUUGGAAAGAAAGUUAUUGAUUACUUUCUACCAGUUUAGUCCCCACUUCCGGUUUGGGCGGAUGUUGAAUGUGAUUCCCAUUUUUGUCCAGGGUCACUGGUGGGAAUUUAGCUGCAGAUUUCUUGACCUCGUCGAGCAAUUGCUGCUUGUGACACCACAUCAUGUACUGGAAAACUGUGAUUCGAACGUCCUAAAGAUCGAGUGAAUCUCAAAAGACGAAGACUCCUUAAAUAAGAACGAAAUUACUCGUGUCUGUAUUAGAUAAUGAGAUCCUGGGGGCUUUCCUGUCACGGGAUUUAUUACAAAGUUAUGCAGUUAUCUGUUCACGAGGGACAAAGAGCGUCACAAUGUAAAUAUGCAUUUAUUGUUCACAUGGUCGCAUCGUGAAACAUUUACAUUGUGAAUCCGGAUGAUCACGGGUAAAAAUUAUGCAGACUAGUGAAAAUAUGCAGAUGGCUUAGAAUAAUUAAUAAAUGAUAACCAGGUGGGGCGUGCGCAUUCCUUUUAUGUAGGCAGGACAUGAGGCUGGCAUAUGAUUCGACAAAUAAUCAAAUCAUCUCCAUAUGUAAAUAUGCAUGUAUUUGACCGAGCAUAAUUUUCUCGUUGGAAUUAGCAUUUGAUUGAGGUAACGCUACCAACCUGGUUACUAGUAAUCAAACUACAAAAUUAAAGGACAAUACGAGAAGGUCCAGAAAACCUGGCUGUAGAAAGUCAGACUAAUUUGAACUUGAUUUCCUCUGCUCCCCCCAAGAUGGUCAAGAAGAGUUUUUUUGUAGACUGAAAACCGACAGUAAUAUUAUACUUUUGUAGCAACGAAAAAUGCUACAACCCAAAUUUUCUACGUGUGCAAUCCAUCUCUAAGGUUCCAUUUGACCUUAUCAAAGUGGUUAUUUGUAUUUCAAGGCGAUUAAUGACUUUCCAUAUCUUUGUUGCAUACUUUUGCAUAUUAGAAAUCCUUCGGAUCAAAGCAGUCGAUUAUGUGAACAAGAAUGAUAAAUAAUGUGGAUUUUCUGUUAAUUAUCCGCUUUAAUAACUUGCCGCGAUGUAUGUGAAUGUAUUCAAAAAUAUUGUUUCGAAAUUUAUGUCGCCACGCUUUGUUCCACAUGGAUAAUUUUCAUGGAAAUAUGCCAAGCAGGAGACAAAGACGAGCGAGACAAAGAGACCGCGAGCAACAGCUCCGGUUCUAUAAAAAUCAUAUAAUAUUGAGCACGUUGAAAUUUGUAAUCGUGUAAAAGUAAAAAAUAUACAACUUCAAACUUUAUAAUUUACUCAGGAGUAGAAGCCUUGAUUUUUUAGUCUAUAGAUUUUGGACAAUUUGCUUUAUCGAUUGACCGAUAUCUUGACGAAAUUUGUGAGCUAGAGCGGUACAAGACUCGUAGUAGUUAAUAAGCACUCCUUGAAUGAAACAAGUGGAUUGACACCUUUUACUGGCUAUUACUUUGAACGCAAUGGAUUUGGGCAAUAACCAUGACGACCCUAAUCCCCAUUUCGCCCUUAUGCUCCCAGAGAUUGUGGGAAGGAUUGCGACCUUUCUCCCCAAAUCUGACCUCCUCACGUGCACGUUAAUAAACACGGCGUGGGAAACUGAAAUCCGGAAACGUAUCCUGGCUUUAUCGCGUUGGGCCAUCACAGAACAUAUUAUCGCCUGUAGUCAGAACCAUUUAAAAGUUCGAAAAAACUGCCCCAGGAGUAUCGAACUUUUUGAAUUGGAUAAAUACCUCACGGUCGACGCUUUUGUAGAUUUUAUUUCGGAGAACGGUCAUAAAAUCAAAACUUUGGAGACAGGUUUAACUCUACCAAACCCCGCAUGGCCCCGAUAUUUGGAAUCAUUAUCGAAUUCCUUUCCCAAUAUGACUUCUCUCGUGUUAAAUCUAACGCUACGGGAUGACGCUGAGUCAAUUUCUGAAACCCAAUUCCCCCCAGAAACGUAUUCCUUCUCGAAAGUUAAGGAACUCGAAAUCUGCUCGUAUUUCCCGUCCGAUGGUACCCGACCUGGUGAACUAGAUGCCCUCUUCUCCUCAAUAAUACCACAAUUUGCCCCCCUAUUUCCAAAUCUAGUCGCCCUUUCGUUCGCGGACGUUGGUGAUUCCGUCGUGCAAAAUUGUAUCGAUUUAUUCCCAACUUUGACACGUUUGAAGUUUGUAAGCAUGGAAUUAACCGUCCCCCUGAGACAAAAUGUGCUUAAUCUGACGCGGUUAGAAAUAGGUCACUAUUUUCAGAGCAGGACGGGGUUUUCUGCCUUGCUGAAAAUUGCUUCCGCAACUUUGGAAUAUCUGACAUUCUGCGAAGUGCCAAAUCUGGAUCCCCUCCGGAGACCACGUGGUUCCGAAUAUCUCCUUCUUCUUCCCAUUCUGCCGAGAUUAAGGGUUUUCGAAUUUGUGCAAAAUCAGUGCACGGAGAGGGAAAUGUAUCAAAACUCGAACAUGAUACCUGGCCUAUUUCUACAAUUUGUGGGGGUUGACAGCACCACGAAACGAUGGGAAUACAGGGUUCAUCUCCCAGUUCUGGAAACGAUCAGAAUUUUGAGAGCGGAAAUGUCCAGCUGUGAUAAGGCAGAGGAUAGAAUGACCGAGCAGGAAUAUUUUGAAGCGAACGUGUCGUUUUUGUACGAUUUUUUCUUGCACGAAAGUAAUUCGCCUGGUUUGAGUGUAAAACAGUUAGAUGUCCCGUUCCCACCAGGAGACAAGUUUAGACUGGUGACAGUUACGGAGUGUGAGUGCGGGAGGGAAAUCGGUUUAUGUGAGUGUUUCGAAUUUUGGGACAGGGUGGUCGCAGUUUUUCCUAAUUUGGUGAGAUACGCGGCCAUGGGGGGAGCCUGGGAAAGGGCAAGAGCGGCCAAGGUGAAACAGUGGGUCGAUUUAGGGGAGGAGUUAGGUUUUGUGAGGGAAAUUAGGGGGGAAGACGCGGGGAGAAAAGCGGACUUGAAUUUAGGCGACUAGGUAUAUCUCGAGGUGUUAAAAAAAUAAGAAAUUUGUUAGCUAAAUUCGUUGUUCAGAGAUUGGUAAGAAUUUUUAAAACAUUUCUAAGCAAAUAGUUUGGCUUUAAUUUUUAUAUUUUUUUACGCUAUUUAACAAAUUACGAAAACAUGCAUUUUUAUGUAUAUUUAAUUAUAUGUAGUUUAUACAUUAGUAUUUAUCCUACUAUUUACAAACGAAAAUUUUGUACCCGUUAAUUAAUUGAUGAAAUAAAAAUAAUUUUGCUGGUGAAAAAAAA